AUGAAGCUGCGCGUUGGUUUAAUUGUGUUUUGUGCGGUUCUCCGUCUCGGUGCAAGUGAUCGAAAAUCUGGUGGAACCAAGAAAUCAGUCAGUAUCGGACUCGAGUUGAUCAUGACGAAGUUAGAGGUCCUAGAACGUAAAUUACAAGAGAUUCAAAACGAGUUGAAUCAACAUCGAUCUAGUCAAGAACAGAACCAAAAGGAAGUGAUUGCUGCACUUCAUAAACUCGGUCCAGAAGUCCCGCGAGAAGUGAAAGAUCUCUCUUGCCAAAAUUCUACUCAACCGUUAGUCAGUACGCCCACGAUGCAGAACACAUUCGGUGACAAUGACGCAUCACAAAUGCAGGAUUAUGCCACAACAACAUCGAGCUCUAAGCAACCUCCCUUCUCCUCGUGCAAAGCUGUACCAUCGACUACUUCGGACACAUGUCUCAUUCGCGUAAAGAGUGAUAGUGAACCGUUCCGAGUGUAUUGUGAACAGCGAGCGUACGGUGGUGGAUGGAUUGUGAUCCAGUACCGGUACGAUGGCUCAUUAGACUUCUACCGUGGUUGGAAUGAGUUCCGCGAUGGAUUUGGUGAUUUGGAUAAAGAGUUUUGGUUGGGCUUGGAGAAAAUCCAUCAGAUAACGAAGGACCGUAAGCAUGAGCUGAUUGUCGAAUUGAAAGACUUUAAUGGAGACUACGCGUACGCCCGAUAUGAUGCGUUCCAAGUUGGGAGUGAGAGUGAAGGGUACGUUCUGAAGGAUCUUGGAUCGUACAAUGGAACUGCAGGUGAUGCAAUGACGUAUAACAAGGGAAUGAAGUUCACAACGAAGGACCGAGAGAAUGAUCUCGAUGCAUCUUUACAGUGUGCCCACUAUCGUGAAGGGGCUUGGUGGCACAAUGAUUGUACCGAUGCCAAUUUAAACGGGCGGUACAUUAAUGCUAAUGAUGAGAAAUCAAUGAGUUGGGCUUAUUUCAAACGCAUCUUUCAAGGAUUGGGUUACUCAAGAAUGAUGAUUCGGGAGAUGAAAUAG